AAACACCGCGCUACGCCUCCGGACGCGCGCAUCCUCCUGCACUGCCUCUGAUCAAGUGGGCGUGAACCUAUUUCCAAAAUGACAGAGCCGGUGAGCAUCACGGAAGAGACACGUUGAACGGAGCAGCGCACGACUUCAAGAUGAACUCAGAUCUGCAGACGAACGGUCAGAAUCACAGAAUGACUGAAGACGAGACUCUGGCAAAGGUGGAGCGUUUCCUGGAGUCCUUCCGUCUGUCUUCGGACACACUGACUGACAUUUCGUCUCGUUUGACCCGGGACAUGAUCAGGGGUUUGGACAGACGCUCACAUCACCGGGCCCCAGUCAAGAUGCUGCCCACGUUUGUCAGAGCCACGCCCGACGGGACAGAAAAAGGCGACUUCCUGGCCCUGGACUUGGGCGGGACAAACUUCCGAGUGCUUCAUGUUCGAGUGAAGCAGGAUGAAAAGGCCGUGCUGAAGAUGGACAGUGAGAUCUGCGCCAUCCCCCAGGACAUCAUGAGAGGGACUGGAGAACAGUUGUUCGACCACAUCGCGGCGUGUCUGGGGACUUUCCUGGAGAAUCAGGGCCUCAAAGAUCAGGUGCUGCCUGUGGGCUUCACCUUCUCCUUCCCCUGUGAGCAGAAGGAGAUCGACAAGAGUAUCCUGAUCCGCUGGACCAAAGGCUUUAACUGCUCCGGGGUGGAGGGCAAAGACGUGGUGCAGCUGCUGAAAGAUGCCGUAAAAAGGCGAGGGGAUUAUGAGAUUGGCUCUGUCGCCAUGGUGAACGACACCGUGGGAACGAUGAUGAGCUGCGGAUACAAACACCAAAGCUGUGAAAUCGGCCUGAUUAUAGGGACGGGCACAAACGCCUGUUACAUGGAGGAGAUGUGUAAUGUGAAGCGUGUGGAGGGCGAGGCGGGCAGGAUGUGCAUAAACACAGAGUGGGGCGGCUUCGGGGACGACGGUUCGCUGAAAGACAUUCAGACCGAGUUUGACCGGGAAGUGGAUCGCUCGUCCAUCAACCCCGGAGUCCACAUAUUUGAGAAGAUGAUCAGCGGCAUGUACCUGGGUGAGAUAGUGCGCCUCCUGCUGGUGAAAAUGACUAAGGACAAAAUUCUGUUCAAUGGAAAAGUCUCAGAAAAGCUGCAGACCUCGGACACCUUUCUCACAAAGUUCAUCUCCGAGAUUGAAGAGGAGGGCAGCGGCGAGGACAACACCAAGCGUAUCCUGUCUGACCUGGGUCUGCAGUGGAGCGCCGCCGACCUCAGAGCCGUGCGUUUGGUUUGCGACACCGUCUCGUCCCGUUCGGCUCGGCUCUGCGCGGCGGCGUUAGCGGCCAUCGCGAACCAGAUCCGCACCAACCGAGGCCUGGACCAUCUCGACGUCACAGUGGGCGUGGACGGGACAGUCUACAGGAAACAUCCAGCCUUCAGCGCUAAGCUCCAGUCCGUGGUCAAAGAGCUCGCCCCUCAGUGCUCGCUCAAGUUCGUGGUUUCGGAGGACGGCAGCGGUAAAGGUGCUGCCAUGGUAACGGCGGUGGCCCAGAGAAUCGCCGCCCAGUCGCACCUGAUCGACGACAGUGACGAAGAAGACGACUGAUCAAACGUGGGUUUUGUGUCCUUAGGCAAGACACUUCACCGGCUUUUUCUCUCACGGAUGUAACUGUAAAAGUGAGAGUUUCCAGUGGAAGUGGAGGAAAAUAAACUUUAUUUUAUUAUUUUGUGUUACUGUUUAGUCCAGGUGUUAUAAAGUCCAAAUUUAUAUAAUGUUAAGUCCUGGUUUAGUCCUAUUUUAGUCCUGGUUUAGUUCUGGUUUAGUCUUUGUUUAGUCAUAUUUUAAUCCUGAUUUAGUCCAGUUUUAGCCCUGAUUUUUAGUCCUGGUUUAAGUUCAGGUUUAGUCCUGGUUUAGUCCUAUUUUAGUUCUGGUCUAGUCCUGGUUUAGUUCUAGUUUAGUCUUGGUUUAGUCCCCUUUUAGUCCUGGUUUAGUCUUGACUUGUCUCUAGUUCUCAUUGACAUGUUACUUAUUUAUUUAGUUUGGGUUUAAACAAAACUUGUCCUGGAGUUUUUUUCCUAAUUUAUUGAAGAAAAAAAAAAAUGUUAUGCAAAUGUUGAAAUAUUCUGUCAGAAUAUUGUUAAAUAUUUGUAAAUAAAAAAGAAAUAAGAUUUAUGUAUCCACUAAAGGAAAUAUGUGCGUUUUUAUCAUAUAUUCAGUAUAUUCAGAAUAUAUUUAGUUUUAAAUUGUUUAUAAUGACUAUGUUUUAUUGCAAAAAUGUAAAAUUGUAAUAAACUGGCCUCUUAAACAAAUAAUAAUUACAUCUCAUUUAAUUACAUGUUUAAUUCAGUUUAUAAACCUUGUGGCCGUGGCUGUUCUGUCUUCAGCUCAAACGGUGCGGUGAGAAAAACAGGAAAUAAAACAAAAAUUCUUCCUUCUGUGA